UACCCCUUCUCUUAUUUAUAAAUUCCAUGCCAAACUUGUGUGUCUUUUAGUCUUCAUAAUAUGGCUACGGAUACAAAUCCUUCUACGACAACUAAGAAACCCGAACGUGUUAAACCAGUGGAAACAUUGGUUUUAGCAAAUAUUGCACUGAAAGCUGAACAAAAACGUUUGAGUGGCGAAGGUGGCACAGCGCGCAAAGAAGAUGAACGCAUAACAAGUGCGGUUAUGAAAGUUUUAGAAGGAUACGAUUGGAAUUUAGUACAAGCAUCAGCAAAACAACCAUCAGAUCGUAAAAAGGAACACAUCAAACGUCCUAUGAACGCAUUUAUGGUGUGGGCUCAAGCAGCUAGACGUGUUAUGUCUCAACAACAUCCACAUUUACAAAAUUCCGAAUUAAGCAAAUCUCUAGGAAAAUUAUGGAAAAACCUUAAGGAUUCCGAUAAACAACCAUUUAUGGAUGUAGCAGAAAAACUGCGAAAAACACAUAAACAAGAGCAUCCUGACUACAAAUACCAGCCAAGAAGGAAAAAAGGACGUUCGAUGGCAGCCAGUGCAGUACAAUGUGGUGAUGGCUUCAAUGCAGCAGUAACAGCAGCUGCAAUGAUGACUUUGAACACCAGCAAUAACAAUGGAAUUAACAAUGGCACCAACAGCAAUGGACUGGUAGAAGUUAAGUCCAACAAUAGCCACAAUAGAAAAACAACAAAUACACCGUUAUCAACGAGACUCAAUGGAAAGAGUAACAAUAGUAACAGCAACAAACGGGGCCGUGAACCGGCAUCCAUAAAACAAAUAAAUAGUAAAUCAGCGUACAAUGGCAUGAUGGACAUAAAUGAAACUGUAAAGAAUGUGUGUAAGACAGCGGGGUUGUUGACUCAAGGACAUUCAUUGGGCAAUGGCAUGAUGAUGGGCGAUGACACCGCUGAUUUCAUGUUCAAUCGUUACGACUAUACAAAACGUUUGGACAGUCCGUGUUCAACUACCAGCUCCUUACAGUCCUGUGGUACUGCUGGGAAUGAUACCCAACAACCUCUAACACCGCCAGCUACACCAUACAACCGUACAACCAACCAUCAACACUUGCAGCAGCAUCAACUCUUGCAACGCACAAUGAUGGUGCCACAAAUCAAUGAUGUUGGUACCAUAAACGAAUACAAUUUACUUAAUAUUGAAGGACGAGAAUUCAUUUCCUUGGACGAUUGCUCCUUUGGCAGUGCAAGUGGUGGUGGUGGUGGAGGGGCCAUGCAUGCUAAUGGAGAGUUAACGGAAAAUCAAAAUCAAUUACCACCAUAUGCUUUACAAUUCUAUAUGAAUCGUUCCGCAUACGAACAACAAAAUUCCAUAGAAUAUCAAAACUACAAUGCCAACAACAACAACAACAACAAUGUUGGUGGCACUGGUUUGAACGAGUAUUCAACAUAUCGUCGCUCUGAUUGUGCAUCAUCUCCCACGAUACACACCAUUGAACCGUUAAAUUAUUUUAACAUAUCUUCACCGCUAGCUAAAUCUUCCAACCUCAUGGCAACAUCUUCUCUGAAGUCAGAAGCAGCAAAUGUUGAUAAUUAUGUGGCGCCAUAUGCUGCAAUUUCAAAUGCGGCCCCUGCACCGACCGUGCCAAAUGAAGAUGUUGAAGUUAAUAUCGAACAAUACUUUAUAGAUCACUUAAUGCCAAUGGAGCCCAACAGCGCCUCUCUACACACAGCGGCAGCAAUGACCACCUCCUUAGCAACAUCUUCCUCAGGCCGUUCGCCCUCGUUGGCAAACCAACAUGAAGAAACAUCUGGCUUGUUGGUUGAUAACAGCAAUUCUGCGAAAUCUUUGUUAUAUGCUAAAAUACCACCAGAACCACAUAUGUUGCAUGCCAACAUCACCAGCGCUGCAUCAACCACAGCUACAACACCAACAACCUUAAGCUGUUUGCCUACACCCUCAAACUCUUCAACAUCCUGUUCAUCGUCUACUACACCUUCAUCGUUAUCAUCACCGCAAAAACUUCCAACAUCGCCUACAUUGAAGACUUGUGAAACGACUUCGUUGAAUACACAUGUACAUGCCGCUGACAACAUGAACUGUUAUUAUGUGCCGCAAGAACAUACAAACAAUGCAAUACCUUUGACAACAACCGCAACAACAGCAAGCACCUUGACGGAAAACAUUGAAUUACAACAACAUCAUCAUCAACAAGCAACACCACCGGAGUAUUCCUUAUACAGCAAUGCUGAUCAGAAUCAUCACCACCAACAUUCCAAUAAUCACCAUGCUUUCUCCACCCAACAUUCAUCGGGGUCCGCCCAUCUUCAACAGCAACAUCAUCCACAUCCACACCCACAACAUCUGCUAUGGAAUGAUUAUAAUGUACAAUAA